ACCAUUUGCGUUCCCGGCUUUCAAAUCGGAAGCACCAACAGAUCCGAGGCUUUCUCGAAUCGGGCAGGUCCGUCAAUCAAAGCAUCAAAUCCAUCAGGUGCGAAGCUACCGCUCUCACGUACCCAUCAAAUCAAACGCCGCUCAGCGACCGAGAGGGGGACCGAACCGGCACACCCCUAUAUAAACACCUCCCGUCCUCCCUCCUCACUCACCUCCCUUGUCCAUCCACUCGCCAAGGCCUCCUCCUCCUCCUCACAGAGCACUGCACUCUUCAGUCUCCAGCGCAUCAUCCCCGAAAAAUCAGCGAGCUCGUGCAGGAACGUAACCGGAAGCCACACGCGCCGGCUGGGCGCGGGUUUGCUGUGUACACACGAAGCUUAGCUUGUCGCCGCGAUGAUGUCGUCCGUGCCGGAGACCUUCGGCCUGGACCACCACCUCGCGCAGCCGCCCGCCGAGCAGGAGCAGCUCUGCUACGUGCACUGCAACUUCUGCGAUACCAUCCUCGCGGUGGGCGUGCCGUGCAGCAGUCUGUUCAAGACGGUCACCGUGCGGUGCGGCCACUGCGCCAACCUGCUCUCCGUCAACCUCCGAGGCCUCCUGCUCCCGGCGGCCGCCGCUGCCGCCAACCAGCUCCCCUUCGGCCAGGCUCUCCUCUCCCCCAUCUCCCCACACGGCUUACUUGAUGAGAUGCCGUUCCAUGCACCGAGCCUGAUGAGUACUGAACCGGCGAGCGCCUGCGUAAGCACCAUCACGAGCAGCAACAACAGUUGCGGUGGCAACAACGCGUCGGCCAUGUCGAUGGCGCCACCGGCGAAACCUGCACUGCAGGAGCCGCAGCUGCCCAAGAGCGGGGUGUCAGGGAACAGACCUGCAGAGAAGCGGCAGAGAGUUCCUUCCGCGUACAACCGAUUCAUCAAAGAUGAGAUCCAGCGCAUCAAGGCCAGCAAUCCGGACAUCACCCACAGGGAGGCUUUCAGCGCGGCUGCCAAGAACUGGGCCCAUUUCCCACACAUCCAUUUCGGUCUGAUGCCGGAUCAGGGCCUGAAGAAGACCUCCAUCCAAAACCAGGACGGAGGUGAAUGCAUGCUUUUCAAGGACGGUCUCUACGCAGCAGCCGCCGCAGCAGCAGCAGCCACAGCGGCAUCUGGCAUGGGCAUUGCUCCGUUCUAACUUCACCACCGGACAGAAUGAUCGAUAUUAUUGUUCUGCCUCUGUGCUUCAUUCUAGGGUUCUGUUACGUUUCGAUCUCUCGAUAUCCCGUUGCUUGUUAGCUAUUGUGUCUCUUUCUGGAGGAUCGUGAAAUGUAUCGCCGUAUCGUAUCUAUGUACUCUUUUUCUUCUCGAUGUUCUUUUUAGGGUGCGUUUGU